AUGACCACAGAAACAGCAAGUACAUCCGGCGAAACCAGUGACAUGAUAGCAGAGAGUAUGAAUGAUAGGAUCCCGUCGAUCAACGCUCAGGCCAUGAACAGCAAAGGCCAGCUCUCUACUCCGAGAGGAGACGAAGAUGCCAUUGACUGGGAUUAUCUCAAUUUUGAGGCCAGCGAGAUGCCUUUAUUGGGUUCCUCUUUGGUAGACUCCUCUUUGGCCCACCAGUACGAGUCGCCCGAGUCCAUGAUGCCUAACGAGCUGCUCCCUCCCAGGAGUAACAUUGGAAUCAACAAUACUUGUCACUCUACUCCGGCUUCCCCAAAAGGGCUUUUGUUAUCUGAACGAGCGUCCUGUGACAAAGACGAAAGUGCGGUGGCGGGUUCACGACAAUCUUAUUCCGAACUUCUCUGUUGCAUUUCAAUGAAGGAUCCCAUAUCACAUUUCACUGCCAACAUAGUCAUGCAAACGCUUUGCGCUUUCCCUCAAAUGAUGCUCCGCCGGGAAACAUUCCCUCCAUUUAUACACGGGCACUGGCAUUGUACUGAAUCUGCCGCGGCAGUUUCUCUGCCUAAACCACUGGUAAGUUGUAUGGGGCUGGCUCAAAUAUUUGCCUCGCAUAAUGCCGACACUCGGCCCUUCCUCUGGGAAAAGACCAGAGAGGAGCAGCGGUCUUCAGCUGACAAGGCAUACCGACGGCAAUUUUCGAAGCAUGAUCAUCUCGCAGCCAUUCAGGCCCUUCUUAUCUAUAUCAUGAUGCGCGUUGUGGAUUGUUCAAGGACGGAUCUUGACCUAAACCUAGAAUUAUUGGGUCUCUGCGAUAAUUUUAAAGAUGUGUGUAAAGAGCCAUUUUACCAGCACGAGCGGGCCUGUCUCAGUUCCAGCUGGGAAGACUGGAUAUUCGCUGAAUCUAGAAGAAGGACAGCAAUCAUUUGGCUGCUGAUGACACAGAUGAUUCACAUCAAAAUCGGUGUGCCAUGUGAUUCCUUUCCAAGCUUUAGAGAUGUCCCGUUGUCCUCACCGAAAUUGCUCUGGGAGGCGAGGACGCGCUCGCAGUGGGAGAAAGAGUACAAAUUUUACAAGGAUUCGCCGGUCAGAGGUCUGGACGUGUUUGGAGAUCUUUAUGAUGCUUGCAAGCACAAGCAUAUUCGCGAAAACCAAUUAAAGCUCAAUUCUUGGAACUCCACUGUCGAUAAUUUAGGGAGUCUACUGAAUCUUGGUGCUGAAAUUAUAUAG